AUGAUACCACACCCCAAUUCUGUUUAUCAUCAUCGGCAUGGCCGUGAACUUCUUCCUCUGCUGUUACUUUUGCUUCUACUGGUAGUUUGGAAAGAAACAGUGGAAGUAUACGCCGUUAUUCCCGAUAACGAUAAGAUGCUAGUAAAUGUGUUUCCAAUGCCCUUUGCAUGUAUAUUAACUCAGUCCCCCACAAAUUUUUCUGUAGAUAUUUUUCUGCAAUCAUUACUGGACAUCCUUGUUACAUUACCCGGAAAUCAUUUUAGUGAUUUCACUCAAAUGGAGCUUCUGGAGUACUGUGCUUGGGGUAAUCUUACCCUAACCGGUGAUUCUUACUGCCGGAAUGGUGGUAAGGAUUUGGGGGAUGAGACAAAUUUCAAAUACACACUUGUGCGGUAUGGAGUGAUGGCGGAUGAUUUACAUAAAUUACAGCAACUCAACUACACACCAUUGGGUGUAGCAGUUGGACCCAUUUUACAACACUCUGAUCCUGCUUUAUAUGUGCCAGGUGAGAAUGAUCUUUCGUUUGGUGUGGUAGUGUUCUCAAACGAAACAGUUGUAACAAUUGUUUCUGUAUUUUUAUUAUGCAUCUUCAUUCCCCUUAUGUGUAUUAUAUUUAUUUGUCGACAUGUACAGAAUGUCCGAAAGGAGAAGGUGCGUGCGGAACUGGUACGACACGCAUUAUAUGAAUUGGCGAAUUCAGGACAUCAAGAACAGGAACAACAACAGGGGAAUACAGACAAUGUCAGUAGGAAUAAUCAAGAUGGGGAAAGAGUGGCUGGUAGAGAGAUGGAAAGAGAAAUGAAUGAGGUUCGAUGGGGAGGGAGAAAUAUACCACUUUCAGUAGCACGUACACCAUCGUACUGGCCAUCAUCUACCAACGCUGAAGAAAUCCAGCGGCAGCAGGGACGAGAAUGGUAUGAAAGAGAGCUGGCACCUAAACCCUCUCGGCAGUAG